AUGGAUGGGUACCUGCCUCCAGAGAUUCUAUGCCAAAUCUUAGCAUAUGCCGUUGCCCCAAGGAACAAGGACGGCACGCAGAUUACCGCUGCAGACCCCUUCGAACUCGCCCAGUAUCGUUGCGUUUCCAAACACUGGGAUCAGACUGCACUCAGCACCACGACCCUCUGGACAAGUCUACGAUUGGAUUUUGGAUCGCUCCGCCCCGCCUCUCUCCCUCACGGCCUCGUUUCCUUCACCGACAACUGGUUUCGUCGUGCAGGCCCUUCGAAACCGCCAUUGCUAUUGGAAGUCAUCGACGACAGACGCAGGGAGCACACAUUUUCCGCUCAUAGCGCCAAAUUCCAGCGAGAAGUUGUGGAGGAGAUAACAGCCAUUCUACUCAACCCCAACCGCAACUGGUACGAAUGGCGAUUCGACUCUGACGUCGUCCAACGAUGUUUCCUAGGAUUGGAGCAGCGCGGGUUCCGAGAGAUGCUCAGGAACCUCAUCUUGAAGCCAAACACCAACCUGCCGCUGUUGUCCCUCGUAUCAACCUACAUGGGCAAACCGACCUUGCCAACAGUGUCGGAAGAAGCGCGCCGCCCCUUUUACGCCGACUUGGUUGAGGAUGUAUUCCCUCUAACCCGAUUAUCCAUAGCCAACUCUUUCGGACGGUGGUUUUACGUGUACGUCCCCAUCCCCCGUAGCCUCCGUUACCUCCGCCUCUCCGGAGGCAUCAGCUUCCCCAUAAACAGGGUCCUCACACUUCCGGCAUUGGAGGAAUUGGUGGUGGAAGGAAACACAAGCGACAUGAUGGGUCUCGACUUUAAGUUCGAGGAGCACAUAAGAACCACACAGCCCAUACCCAACCGAUCCAUCCAACGACUCGUAUUCAUCGGCGAAGGGGGCACAAGCUUCGCCUCCGCCUUUCUCAAUAGAGGCACGUUCCCAUCCUUGCAGCUCUUCCGCCUCUGUGGAGACACCAAGAUCUCAAUCUGGCUGCCCGACAUCGUCCGCCGUUUCUGCUUGCGCAGCUUUGGCGAGGGUCGACCGCCUCAUUCGUUCUGCCUUUCGCUGGAGGGGAGUAAGUCGAGUUCCAAGGACCACGAGAAGCUCUUGGCAGAGUUUUAUGGGAGGAUCAGUCAUCUCCAUUUGAGAGAUCCCGACGUUUUGUUGGAGGGUGACCACGAUAUGUUGCGGGAUCUGGGACAAUCCCUGGAGGCAGUCGUUUGUGCCCAGCCGAGUAUCAGCGAUCACUUUAACAGUGAACUCGACGACGAACUCCUUGCGUACAGGACGGCUGUCUGGAGGAAAGCCUUGGAUUCGUUGUGUUGGUUUCGGGGACCGAGGAAGGGCAAGAUCUCCUUCCACAUCCCGGACACGAAGGAAAACGUUGCCAUUGCGGCGGGACUGGUAGUAUGUGAUGGGGUAGAGGUGAGGUGUGCGUCGAGCUACGAGUUGAAAGUCAUCUUGGAAAGCGGCGGACUAUAA